GUUCGCGGGAAAAUAAGAUGGCUAGGUUUUGUAGCUAUAGUGUUAAUGUGUAUAGCAAAAUUAAUUAACGUAUUUUGAAAUGUAAUAUUGGUGAGUUUGUCGUUAGAUAGCUUGACUACUGACAUAUUUAAACUGUUGAGAGUCCCGCUUUCAAACUGGCUUGCUAGUUAACGUUAUUCGUACCAAUUCAUUGGUAAUCGUAGCUAGCCUGCUUUCGAUAGCCAGAAUAAGAAAUAUUUUGUACGGAGACAAAGAGCUAACCUCUCUUGCUUGCUAGCUGUGUAAGGUUUAAUACUUGACGUUUGAAAAUGAGUAUAUUUAAUUUAGACCGGUUUCGUUUUGACAAGAAUAAACCGACAUCAAACCAGGACAAAUACAGCGGUUCCGUAAGUCCAGAGUCGGAAAAGGAGAAUAAACCAGGUAUGUUUUGCUUGAUGGCAGUAGCCACUAGCCAGCUAUAACGUAGCUAACGACGUUAGCUAGCUGCCAUCCCUAUAACAAAGGUUUUUAUAACUAAUUGUUCUGUGGCGAUAAUCUUUGCUGACAUUGACUGUUGACAUCUACCUUGCUAGCUAGUAACGUUAGGUAGCUAACGUUGGCUGUUUGACAGGUGACAGCCAUUGACUUGCUUUGCUUGGUUGCCUUAAUAGCUAACAACACUAACUAGCCAGCCAGCUAGCUAGCUUUAUCAGUGACUUUCUCUGGGCAUCAGCUAACAUUAACAUUAGCUAGAUAGCUAGUUACCGUUAGCCAAUUAAACUAUGUUUUUGGUGGGGAACCUAUCAGUCCCUAGACCCCAGCAAAAAUCGGCUUUUCAUUUAUCUGCAUAUCCAACCCUUAUAUGUAUCCUCACAAUGAAAUGUUUUACCAUUUUAUUUUCAGGACAACCAAGGCUACAAGUAGAACACAAAGCCAUUGUACAUAAACAGUUGCAUUCAUGAGUUUUAUUGACAAAUGUCAAUAAAUAAAUAAAAAAAGGUCUGCCAAAGAAAAACCUGAAAGAAUUUAUAUGAAUGCUGUAAGUAUAAAAAUUGUUUGCUCACUGGGAAAUGAAUAUCAACUAGUCAGUGACAACUGUUUGGAGUUUGUGACAGCAACUAUGUGAGCUUAUUACAGAUAUUAUAGACACUAUGACCUGGGAUUUCCUAUGAUACAGACAUUUUUCUUUUUUAAACCCAACCCCGGGCCCCUUCAGUAUCUGCCCUUGUCUCACAGACACUGCUAUAGCUACCGUUAAUCACACAGACUAAUGGUUGGUAUCUACAGAUUCAAAUCCAAAUCCAAUGGUACAGCCCAGAAGUCUGUAGCUCAAACACAAUUAUUUAAAAGGGGUUAGAAUUCCAAAACACGCCAGCGUUACGGUGGGACUCACUGGGUUAAUGACAUCUGAUUGCUAAACUGUCUUUGCCUAUAUUUCUGUGGCACAUACAGCCCAAGUAACAACAACACCACCUGUAUCCAACCAAGAAAAACCUGGGCGAGGAGUAGUAUUUGAAGAUGUCAUCAGUGACUCUGACGAUUUGGCAAGUGACUCGAGGAGUGAUAAAUUAACAAAAAGGGUGAUGUAAGUAGAGCUGACUUGAGCUGAAAUAUCUAGAUGUAUAUUUUCCCCUUGACUUCCUUCAAGGUGUAGCGAAUUCCAUAAAGUGUAGCCUAACAUGCCAGUCUAAUCUUGUAGUUCUUUCUCUUUCAGGGAACCUGUCAAGAAAUCAGUGAAGGGAGAGGUAAGAGAGAUGACUGAGACAUCUGAUAAGGAAGACAAAAUGAACAAGGAGCUGGAAGAGAGACUGGCCAAACUGCAGGAAAUCUUCCCUCAAAGAGACAGGAAGGAGCUGCUGGAGGUAAUGUCAUAAUCACUUUUAUGUCACAAGCUAUAGUAUAGUCUCUCAAAGAUGGCAGCUGCUCAGUUUCUGUGGAUUCACAUAGCUAUAUGUUUAACUUUGCUUUGUUUUUAGGUGAUUAAAAGCACAAGCACUUUGGAUGGUGCCGUAGCCUCAUGCCUGAUGUUUGGUGAGAAAGGUAUCUUUCAUUUACUACCAUCAUAGACAGCAGGUUGCAGCCUGUUCCUACCGCACCCCCCAAACACAGCUUGACCAGUGUUUUCCAUGCUUAUGCCAUGUCUUCUUCCGCUCAUGACAACAUAGACUAGACCUCUUUGUAAUGAUGGUUAUAGGCCUUUGUCUGCCAUUGGUAAAACAUGAAGAAAAAAAAAAGACAUCCAAACCAGAACCCUUCUAAAAAUGUUUUUUGGGUUUGGUCGUCUGGCGUGUGUAUCUCCUCACACAUUGACACAAUUGUUUGUCCAGUCUCAAUGCGAAAGAGGAAACAGGAUGGAUCCAGCAGUUCCCAAGACAGCGACGUGAUUCAGCAGCCCAGUAAGAAGAGGAGACCGUCUCUGGUAAGAGUGGGACUAGCAACCAAACAGGCAGAAACUGGGAGGGACUAACCUGAACUUGACCAUUAAGAAAGGCGUGUUUUUGUAUCAAAACAUUUUGCUACGGUGCGCACUAAUGAAAACACCCCAGGCAGGCAUUGUGCUGUUGCGUGUUCUCUGCAGUAUUAACCUUCACUGCGGUCUGAUCCUCCAGACUGAAGACUCUGAGGAGGAAGCAGAGCCCAGCUGGGAGAGGCGGGAGGCCAUGGUCAGGAAACUGCAGAGGAAGUUCCCCGACCAGGAUAAGGAGGUGAGGGGGACUGUCGUCGGACAUUGCCACGGCAACCACACACACACACACACCUCGGUAGGGACAUGAUCAUGACACUCCAGGUGAGAGAACCCAUAUCCUAAUGAAGAGUGUUUUAUUCUGCCCCCGUCUGUCACUCUAUAGGAACUCCGGUCUGUGCUCCAGGAACAUGAGUGGAAAGUGGAUGACGCCCUGGAGGUGCUGCGCAUGUUCUCGGACCCAGGUGAGAUGACACUGUCCUCACCCAGUUGAAACAUCACUGAUAAUAUGCUGCUACAACCACUAUAUACUAUAUUUAUUUGUACUGUACUCAUUAUAUUCAUCAAUGUGCCAUUUUUACUGAUUCUUCCGCUGAAGAUGAAGACUCCAGUGCCUCUGAAGUACGCAGCUCCCCUGAAGUCAAGCAAAAGGAACCGAAAGCCAAGAGCAAUGCCAAACCAAGCAAAGCUAAGAGUGAUGCCAAGCCGAGCAGAGACCGUCGGGUGUCUAAGGAUAGCAAGGAGGAGGCCAAGCGAAGCAAUGCUUCCGCUCUGAAAUGGAUGUUCAAGAAACCUGCACCUGAAUCUAGACCUGACUCCUCGUCCUCCUCUUGGACUUCUACCAGCCAGAAGCUCUCUAACGGGACCAGCGUGGCUAAGAAGGAGGCGUCGGAGAGGAAGGUGCGCGCCUCCUACGAAAGGGCCAGCAGCUCGGAGGACGAGGACAGGGAGGGGGCCAGCAGCGAGUUUGAGGGCGAGGACGACGAGUUGGAUUUUGUGGCGGAGGACGAGGGCACAUCCACGCUCAAAGGCAAGAUCCUGCUCUUCUUCCAGGAGGCCUCGCUGGAUGAGCUGUCCCUCAUCGCCGGCUGCUCGUUGAAGAAGGCCCAGAAGAUUGUGGAGCGACGGCCCUUUGCUGUUUGGCAGGACCUGGUAAGUAAGAGAAACUUACCCAUACGAAAAAUGUAUGCAAGCAUGACUAAGUCAUUUUUUAUAAAAGCGUCUGCUAAAUGGCAUAUAUCAUAUAUUAUGUAAGAGAGCAAUCUCGGGUGUGUCACUGCCAGCUGUGUUGCACAGUGAGUCUGCUCUGCCACAAGGUAAACCCAGCAGGUUAGAACAAGAGAAGUACUCUUUAAACAUGGAAACUGCAGGGAGGAAUGAAGGGACAUGUCUCCACAUAGGGCACAACAAGUGUUAGUUGAUUUUGAAGAGUGUCAGUGCCUUGAAUGGUACGUUCAUAGUGUGUAUGUGUUACUUUCACUGCUGCUGGGAUGCGUUACAUCCUCCGUUUUUUUAAAGGGAAUAUAUGAGAACUUCAAUUAUAGAGACACUAUAAAUAGACUAUCAAAUUUAAAGUGUUGGGUGAUGACACAAAUCCACCUCUCUCUCUCUCUCCCCCCAUUAACUUUAACACUGAAAACAACCGUAGUCUAUAUCUUCUCAAUCUAGAAGUGUUAAUAAAAUAUCACAGCUUGGUAUCUUUCUGGUCACGCUCCCCUGUAAAAGCAAAAGCGUGGUAGAAAGCUCUAGUUAGAUUUUUGGAGCAGCAUGGCCUGUUUGUUUUGUUUGGUUUGGUUUUAUUAUUUGCUCAAUGUGUUUUUCUGUUGGAGACAGCCAGGCAUUCUGAGCAGAACACUUUGGCUGUGUUCCAAAUGGCACGCUUUUCCCUAUAUAGUGCACUACCAUAUGGUUCAGGUGAAAAGUAUUGCACUAUAUAGGGAAUAGGGUGCCAUUUGGGACACAGGUUUAGGCCUAGCACUGCCACCCUUUUAUCAGUCUCACCGGCCGCUUAUCCAUUGCAAGGGUGUCAUUACGGAGUAAACGACACUCUCACUCCUCCACGUGCUGAAUGCAGCCGACGGCUUACUGAUGUGUAUGGAUUUCAUGUUGAAUAAGAGGUUUAUUUAACUUAUGCCAUGUAGUGGUCCUUUCAUAUAGGGUACACAUCUGUCAAACGUGAGAUGUUUCAACAUAUGAAAAAAUGUAUGCACUCACUAACUGUAAGUCGCUCUGGAUAAGAGCGUCUGCUAAAAUGACUAAAAUAUCAGGACGACUUCGAGCAGUGAUCCUUAUUCCACUUCUUUAAUAACAAAACAUGCUCAACUCCAUUACUGUGUAAUUAGAAUUCCAUUUGCCAAGUAGGCUAAAUUACCAUGUAACAACAUGCUAAUACGAUGCAGCAACUAGAAUAAUACGGUUUCUACACAGGUAUACAAACAUAAUUAAAAGUGUGUUACUGAAAAUGCAUAUUUUCCACAAACCCAAAUGUCAACAUUUUAAAGUGUGUUAGUGUUAGGCCUACUUUAUCUAUCUUCAUUCUCACAUGAAAUAUGUCCAUACCAUAAACAUCAGCAGCCUGGCCCCGUAUUCAAGGAUUUCUCUGCCAUUGAAAUCCUUGGGCGGGACGCCUAAGCAUUUUUUUGGGAUGCUACAUUUUCGGGAUUAAAAACGCUUUCUGUAUAAACUUUAUAGAAAGUAUAAAGAAAAGAUAAUGAACCUAUAUAUUUUUUGAAUACAAUCUUUAAGAACUAACAACCACCAAAAUAAAAGAGACAGUCGGGGUGAAUAAAGACAACAAAUAAAUGAAUUUAGCAGUAUUGGUUUUGUUAUUAUGUUUAGGCAAAACAACAAAGGAUUAGCCAUUGCAAAAUGCAUGGAAUUGCAGGAAAUUAGUUUUAAAACGGCUAAAGUUUCUAUCAGCUCCAUGUGUGAAAUUGGCUUAAAAAUACAUAUUUCUCUACACCACCAAGAUGGGGGCCUCUUAAAUGUUCUCUUUCAGCCUCGCCGGCCCCCUGACAUGCCCACCACCUAAGCCCCUUUUUGAUCUAGAAAAAACCCUAGUAUUCAUAAAGCAUCUCGGAGUAGGAGUGAUCCGUUUUUUUUUUUCUUCUUCAUUUUAGAACAUAAUUAAUACGAUUACAUGGACGGGGGGGAACCUGAUCUUAGAUCAGCACUCCAAACUGUGAGACACUUUAUGAGUAUGGACUCUGAUGUUUGUGAUGGUAUCAAGCAUGGGAGGGAGGGAUACAGUGGGCCUGGCUGGCCACCUGCUAUUGUGUCACUCGCACACAGCUCCAAACAGGGUCAUUAGACAUACUACGUUGUCCAUCCACUCUGCCCAGAGUCGGUGAAAAACGCGCUUUGGUGAUGAAAUUUCACUUCCUAAUGUUAUAAAAUACAUUUGACCAAGACAAAUGUGAUUAUUCAUGUUCUGAGUCGUUCAGUGGGGUCUUUCCAUAACAUUUCAUUAACAGUAUAGUUAAAAGGUCUGAUUUCGUAACCUAAAUCAUCCGAUAAUAAACACAGAGCACUGACCAAGCUGUGCUGCUUUCUCGCAGAAACUUUUGAGGAUUUUACAGGUUGUGGUCGUCGUCGUUAGUUGUUUCUGCGAAUCGCAAAAAGCUAAAUUAGCAUGACGAGCUGAAUUAAAUGUAAAAGGCAUUGAAAAUGAGAAGCUUGCGUUACGCUCAGUGCUCCGUUGACGUUUCACCGAGAUACGCUUGUUUUUGUGAGAAAUCUUAGAAAAAUAACAGGUAUUUUGCAUUAAUAUGAAAAGUGUAUACUAAAAUAUGAAAAUACUACGUCACGUCUCAAAAUCGAUAUCUAUCUUACCUCUAUUGUUUUAUGUCCUCGAGAAGAAGGAUUACGAGUUCAUCGGGAAAGUGACCAUGUCAGGUAGCCUUCAUUCUUGCACAGCAUCCAGCUUAGCUGACGCGAUGCUGUGCAGUUUUCUUUAUUUUUUACCACUUCCUUUCUUCUUCUCUGACCUCCAUUGAUUUAGUCACCCUAAUUUUGGCCAUUCCUCAAGGGUAAAAACUCCAAUCACUUUUGAACGGAUUAUGAUAGGCAUGAGGUUUGGACCGUUUACUUUCUUAGAUGAUUGUCUACAGUCGUGGUCAAAAGUUUUGAGAAUGACAUAAAUACUCAUUUUCACAAAGUCUGCUGCAUCUGUGUUGAUGAUGGCAAUUUGCAUAUACUCCAGAAUGUCAUGAAGAGUGAUCAGAUGAAUUGCAAUUAAUUGCAAAGUCCCUCUUUGCCAUGAAAAUGGCUGGAAGCUGUAAAAGGAGGGUGGUGCUUGAAAUCAUUGUUCUUCCUCAGUUAACCAUGGUUACCUGCAAGGAAACACGUGCCGUCAUCAUUGCUUUGCAAGAAUGGGCUGUCAUCAGUCAGGAUGUGGCCCAGAAGUUAAUUGACAGCAUGCCAGGGCGGAUUGCAGAGGUCUUGAAAAAGAAGGGUCAACACUGCAAAUAUUGACUCUUUGCAUAAACUUAAUGUAAUUGUCAAUAAAAGCCUUUGACACUUAUAGAAUGCUUGUAAUUAUACUUCAGUAUAUCAUAAUAACAUCUGACAUAAAUAUCUCAUAACACUGACGCAGCGAACUUUGUGAAGACCAAUACUUGUGUCAUUCUCAACUUUUGACCACGACUGUACACAAUUAACAUAUUAUUACCCAUUGGUCAAAAUAUGCGUUUUCAAUUGGACACGUUGAUAUGCUCUUAUGAAGUGAAAAGCCACUAAGCCCUUUUUAACUUGGAAAAGCUCCACCACCACCAGGUUGAUUGUGGCGUGUAUUCAGUUGGCCCACUGUACGAUAGUCCUCAACCAUGACAUGGCCACUUAUAUAUUAAUCAUGGUUUGGCUUUGUUGUGGAACAAUACAAUUGCCUGACUAUCAUGUCAGAAGAAAAAGAUAAGAGCGAUUGACUGGUUGUUGACACUUCUUUGUGUGCCUCUGCCUCUGUCUGUCUCGCUGUGUGUCCGUUUCUCAGAAGGAGGUGUUCCACAAAGAGAACGGCCUGUCUGCAGAGCUGCUCCUGGGCUGCAGGGUGGUGCUCAGGGAGAGAGCCGUGGUCCAGGGCCUCAUGUCCAAGUGCCAGACCAUCUCGGGCAAGAUGGUAAAGGGAGUCACCCAGGUCAUAGACAAGGGCAUGGGCUCCGUGACCCAGCCCUCGGUUCUCAACAGAAAGUAAGUGAGCUCAACUUCCACUGCUGUCCUGAUUUUCAUAGACAAUUACAUCUAAUCUACUAUAGCCGUGUCCCAAAUGGCAUCCAGUUCCCUAUAUCGUGCACUACUUUUGACCAGAGCCAUAUGGGGUCCUGGUCAAAAGUAGUGCGCUAAGUAGACUAGGAUAGGGUUCCAUUUGGGACACAUACAUUUAUAUUCAGACUGGGAGAACAACUCCUCAUUGUUGUAACUAACAGAUAAAUCCAAAUGCUAAGUAAAUGCCAUAGUAAUCCAGUUAUCCAUUUACCAUGGCAUAAUGGAUGUAUUCUGAAAACGAUUAACCACACGUCUGAUAUGAUUUGUCUAAAAGUAAUACAAUAAUAAACAUUUUGUUAACCCCAUUAAACAACUAUGUAUCACAUCACAGAUAAAUAUGUUGUUAUGCUACACGUAUCACAUACUGGAUGUCUUGUUUUUGCCUUUAAAUGUCUUGUUUGUCAUUGAAGGUCUUGUAUUAUGAUUGGUUUGUCUGUACAUUUCUUGCAUUGUGAUUGGUUGCCAUGCAGGUUGCAGUUGAAACCCUACCAGCUGAUUGGGCUGAAGUGGCUUCUCCUGCUGCACCAACACAAGCUGAGUGGAAUCCUGGCUGACGAGAUGGUGAGAUGGUUUACCCCUUAAGCCUUGUUCACACUGCAGGCCUUAAUGCUCAAAUAUAUUUUGUUAUAUUUUUCAACUCCGUUUUUGACUACUGACUGUACAAACAGCAAGUUACAAGUGACCAAAUCGGAUUUGUGUGUGUUCAGACAGCAGUGAUUUGCUGACAAGGCUACACUAGUUGUCAUAGUAAUGACGGGUGUGUGUGCAGUGGUGUAGGCUGAUUGGUGGUGGUGCUUGUGCUUCCUAUCACUUAGAAGUUCUGUAGCAAGCGAAGGUGACCAAUGCCUGCCAUGGACAUUUCCCAGUUGCUUUGCAUGUUCAAAAGCAUAGGGUAAGAACACUUUUAAAGCCUCAAAGGAUCCAUCUUUCAAAACAAGUCCAUUUUGGCUAGCCACAGCAGUCAACUAGCUAGCUAGGGAGCUGUUUAGCUUUCUAACACUUUCACAAAUUUGUUUGUAAACAAUUAACAAGCUAGAUAGAUAGCACAUGUUCUUGUCAAACUGUCAACAGAGUAGCUAGCGAGUAACAAGAUAUGCCAAAUAUGUCGAAAAACCACAUUUACAUUUUAGUCAUUUAGCAGAUGCUCUUAUCCAGAGCGACUUACAGUUAGUGAGUGCAUACAUUUUUAUUUUUUUUCAUACUGGCCCCCCGUGGGAAUCAAACCCACAACCCUGGCGUUGCAAACGCCAUGCUCUACCAACUGAGCUACACGGGACUACCUAUGAAGGUGGUUUAAAUAUCCGAUUCCAUGUGCUUUUUGGUUGUUUAGACUGCAGAAAAAUAACAGAUUCGAAUUGGAUAUGCAAAUCAAUAGGAUUUGAGUCACUUCAAACUGCCAAUGUGAACAUUGCUUUAGAGAAUACAGUAGAUGCGUCCCAAAUGGCACCCUAUUCCUUAUACACUGAGUGUACAAAACAUUAGGAACACCUGCUCUUUCCAUGACAGACUGACCAGGUGAAUCCAGGCGAAAGCUAUGAUCCCUUAUUGAUGUCACUUGUUAAAUCACAGGUUAAAGAAGGAUUUUUAAGCCUUGAGACAAUUAAGACAUGCAUUGUGUAUGUGUGCCAUUCAGAGGGUGAAGGGACAAGACAAAAGAAGUCCAUGCCCCCAACGAAUUGAGGCUGUUCUGAGGGCAAAAAGGGUGCAACUCAAUAUUAGGAAGGUGUUCCUAAUGUUUUGUACACUCAGUGUAUAGGUCACUACUUUUGAACAGGCCCAUAGCGAAUAGGGUGCCAUUUGGGUCUUACCCACAUAUAGUAUAUGAUGUUUUUUUAUUCUGUGGAUUUCCCCCUCCCUGUAUUCUAGAACUGUUACCAACAGAAAACAUAUAAUAUACUGUGGCAAGAUGGUGUAGAAAGGCCUCAACGGGGGUGUAUUCACUAGAAAGCAAACGGCCUGAAACGGGGCGGGACUAACCUGAACUUUAUCCAAUAAGAAACCAUUGUUUUUGUUGCAUAACAUUUUCCGUUGCAAACCUGUUUGCUACAGUCUGCACUAAUGAAUACAUCACAGAUUUAGAUUUGAGUAAUAUUGUCUGUGGGUGUAGCACCUGCAGGUGAAUACACACAGACAGAGAGAACUAAAGGAAUGGGUGAGAAAUAGUUAUUUUAACAUUCAAAAGGGAAAGGGGGUGCCUUGUUUGGUUUAAAUCAGAGUUUGAAACUUGUUCUGUUCGCUGAACCGGUUGCAACCCCUGGUUAAAUAGUGUUAGAUUGUCAGUAUGUGAUUGAAGUCCUGAUAUGAAACCUGGGGCUCCGUGAUGCUGUUUUUAGACUGAUACUUUGAAGUGCAGAUGUUGAUCCUCUAUCAUUCUUUCUCACGCUCUAGAUCUCUCUUAAAUCUUCUUAAUUUUUUUCUAUCUUUCUUUCUUCUACCCAACAGGGUUUGGGAAAGACCAUCCAGGCCAUAGCCUUCCUGGCCAGACUGUACCAGGACGGCAUCGACGGCCCCCACCUCAUCACUGUGCCCUCCUCCACCCUUGGUAAGGGCUCUACUCACGUCAUGCAGUCACAUUAUAACCACUUUAAGCCUGUUUAUAACCACUAAUAGAACACAUGACAUAAGCAAAUGAUUAGUGUAUUAUUGGCAUGUUUCUGUUUUGUGAAAAACUUGUUUGACCAUUUCACUUUAAAAACGACCGUUGCCCUUUUUAUAAUAUCUGUCAUGUUUGGCAUAAUGUUUUGUUUAGGCUGAGUAAAUUGGACUGGAUUGAAUUGACCUGUGUUCUCUUUUCUACAGAUAACUGGGUUCGUGAGCUAAAGCUGUGGUGCCCUAGUCUCAAGGUGUUAGUCUAUUACGGUGAGUGGCUCUCUCCCUCCAGGAUAAUGUGGUAGAUUGUUAGCUGUGAGUCUAAGCCGGGUUGUAUUCCCUAGGAAGAAAAUGGGCCGAAGCUGGGAGGGACUAACCUGAACUUCUCCAAAAAGAAAGGCUCUUUUCGUGCAAAACGUUUUCCGUCGCAAUACUGUGUGCACUAAUGAACACUAGGGCUGGGAAUUGCCAGGGGACCUCACAAUAUGAUAUUAUCACGACACUUAGGUGCCAAUACGAUACAUAUUGCGUUUCUCACGAUUCUAUAUGUAUUGCGAUUCGAUACGGUGAUUUUAUUGCGAUUCGAUGUUCCAAACAUAUUGCUCACCAUAUGUCUGCUGCAGAGAGACCGAGAGCCAUGAGAAAAUGAGUUUUGAUCAGUCAUGGAAAUAAAAUGGCUGAAAACAAAUUGACUCCCUAUUUAAAAAGAAGAUGGAGAACAAGCUAUGAAGGAAAAAUACAGGUGUUUUGGUGCAGGUACAACCAACUAGCACAAAAAUAAUAUCCCGAUAUGUAACUGUAUAGAUUUCUUGCCCCCAUCACGAAUGAAUACACCCCCUGAUGAUGUGUAAACCCUGUUGAAUGUUCAGGCUCCGUGGAGGACCGGCGGUACCUGCGACAUGACAUCCUCAGCAAUCAGGUGGACUUCAACGUCAUCGUGUCCACGUGAGUACACACGCACGCACAAUAUUGUCCAAUAGGUUUCAGUCUAUUGGUGGAACCACAAUGACCUCUAGUGGAAGGGAAGAGCAUGGCGUCCUCUGUACUCUGUCUUAACAGCUGCUCCGGGUUGAAGUUUCCACCAGGUACAGAUCUAGGAUCAGCUUCCCCUCCCCCAAUCCUAACCUUAACCAUAGGGUGGGGGAAUGCAAAACUGGCCCCAGAUCAGCGCCUUGGGGCAACUUCACCCUACAACCUUGCAGCUGUGGGGUACGUGUCUGUCUGAACCAGAAAAGCACUUUGUAAUGCAUUAAUGAAUGAUAUUAAUGAGCAUUCAACGGUAUAUGAGGCAGCCAUAAGGGAAAUGAAGGCACUGCUGAGUCUCCUGAGCUACGUCUCCAAACCUGUGUGUUGACAACACGAUGAGUCAAUUAAAUACGUACCAGGAAUUCACUGGAACUAAAAGGCCUUGCAUCUUAAAUGUGCUCAAGCAUUCCCUAGUGUGUGUGUGUGUGUGUGUGUGUGUGUGUGUGCUUGCACAUUCAUAGGUCUACAUACGGAAUGAAAGUUAAACUAUAAAUGCUCAUGUUUGUGUGUAAUUUCUCUCUACACAGCUACAAUCUGACCAUCGGCAACGACAGCGACCGCAGUCUCUUCCGCAAGCUCAAGCUCAAGUACGCCGUGUUCGACGAGGGCCACAUGUUGAAGAACAUGAACUCCCUCCGCUACCGCCACCUCAUGGCCAUCAAUGUUAGUUCACGGCACACCGCCUCACACUUCCCCAUUGACAAGUAGUAGAAGCAGUUGUAGUGUGCAAUAUAGUUGACGUCCCAGUGUCUCCUCUGUCUCUCUGUUUGUCUGUCUCUGUCUGAAUCUCUCUGACUUCCUGAAUCUGUCUGCCUGGGCUCCGUCUCGCUGUCUGUGUCCCUGACUCCCUGUCUCUGUCUGUCCAUGUGUCACCCUGUCCCUCUCCCUGAUUGCCUGUCUGACUACCUGUCUAUGUGUCCCCAGGCUGAGCACCGGCUGCUCCUGACCGGCACCCCUCUGCAGAAUAACCUGCUGGAGCUGAUGUCGCUGCUCAACUUUAUCAUGCCCUCCAUGUUCUCCAGUAGCACCACGCAGAUAGCCAAGAUGUUCUCCAUGGUAAGGUCAAGGGUCAGGUUUAGGGUGGAACUAUUCUGAUCCUAGAUCAGCACUCCAACUCUGAGACACUUUGUGAAUACAGACCCUGGUCCCACUCCCCUCAUGUUAAGUGGGACUCUUACAGUAGGAUGUGUGUUUUGAUCAUGUUUGUGUUGAAUUGUUGUGUGGUAGAAAUCCCACGAGGAACAGAGUCGUUUUGAGAGGGACCGCAUCGCCCAGGCUAAACUCAUCAUGAAACCUUUCAUCCUCAGACGAGUUAAGUGCGAGGUAAGGACUCUCCCAAAGUGACUGAUUACACUGAGAAAUACUGGAUGGUUCACAAUGUUAAAUUUAAAGUAUGUGUGUGUGGGGGGGCGUGUGUGUGUGUGUGUGUGUGCGCUCGUGUUCGUAUGCACUCGUUUGUGUGUCUGUCUCUCAGGUUCUUAAGCAGCUGCCAGCUAAGGAAGAGAAGCUGGAAUUCUGCACCAUGAGCGAGAAGCAGCAGCAACUUUACCAGAACAUGGUGGUCAAGCUCAAGAAGUCUGCCAUCGGAGAGAGUAUGUACUGCACUGAACUUUAGUGUAGGUCCAGGGUGAAGUUUCCCCUAAAUGCGCAUCUAGGAUCAGCUUUCCCUCUCCCAAUCCUAAUAUUAGCCAUUAGUGGAGGAAAUGCUAAACUGACCCAAGAUCAGGUUCUAGGGGAAUCUUCACCAUACUCAGUGUAGUGUUACAGCAGUGACGUGACAGACGGGUGGUGCAUAGCUGGCACAAUGCGAUGGCUGAGAAGCUAACUGGGCAUCUCCCGAUGAUAAGCACGGGGUGGCUGUGCAGAAGCUUGUUUGUGUGAUCGGCAUCUUCCAUCCUGUGCCCUAAUUUCAACUAAACUGUUAUCUCUCUCCUUCGCUCUUGCUCUCUCGCACCCUAAACCACUCGCUCACAUUCUCUCCAUCUCUGUGUAGAGAAAGAGCUAUGCAACGUGAUGAUGCAGUUGAGGAAGAUGGCCAACCACCCUCUGCUCCACCGGCAGUACUACACCACAGAGCGACUCAAGGCCAUGAGUCACCUCAUGCUCAAGGUUGCUGCUUUAUUGGCCAUUUUGUGUCUGUUCUAGUUUAUUCUGUAAAUGUAUAUAAAUCAAAUAAAAGUCAAUCUCCUACGAAACUAUGUUACCACCCUUAUCUCCUCUCUCUCUCUCUGUCUCUCUCUCUCUCUCUGUCUGUCUGUCUGUCUCUGUCUGUCUGUCUCUGUCUCUCUCUGUCUCUCUCUGUCUGUCUCUCUCUCUGUCUCUCUCUGUCUGUCUCUCUCUCUGUCUCUGUCUCUCUCUCUCUCUCUCUCUCUCAUUGUUGAUCUAUUUAUCUCGUCUCUCGCUCUCUUCCUUGUCUGUCUCUCUCUCAAUAUGUAUAUAUUUAUUUAUCCCCCUCCCCCUAGGAGCCGACCCAUUUUGACGCGGACCCGGUGCUGAUCCAGGAGGACAUGGCGGCGAUGUCGGACUUUGAGCUUCACCGGCUGUGCCAGCAGUACUCGUCCCUGCACAAAUACCAGCUGGACAAAGACCUACUGCUGGACUCUGGGAAGUUCCACCUGCUCCAGACGCUACUGGCCACACUCAAGACCAAGGUAAGGAGAGCGAGAGAGACUAUUAUUUAUUUUAUUACUCUGUGAUUGUUUGUGUUUUGGGUGUAUUUCCUGACUCUUUCUUGGGUUUUGCCUCGGGUCUGUUCUGGAGGAUGUCAAUUGUAGUAUGGUGUAGAAUCGGGUUAUCUCAAGUCAUUAUAUUUAUAUCUGCCAUGUUCAGAUCGUUUCAGGGGUGUGUUCAUUAGUGCACACAGUAGCAAAACAUUUUGCAUUGAGAACAAGUGUAUCUUAUUUGACAAGUUCAGGUUAGUCCCACUUGUUUUGUCCCGUUUACCUCCGUUUGGUUCCUUGUGAAUACAUCCCUGAUAUGUGAUGUGGCUGUGCUGUGCUCUGCUCUCUCGGCAGGGAGACCGGGUGGUGCUCUUCAGUCAGUUCACCAUGAUGCUGGACAUUGUGGAGAUUCUGCUCAAACACCUGGGCCACCGCUAUGUCAGACUGGAUGGCUCCACACCCAUAGCAGACAGGUGAGCUCCAGUUGAAUUCAACCUAGUGGGUUCUUUCUAACAUAAUUGUGUGCAGUAUUUUGCCAUAGGAAGUGGAACUGGGGGCAUAGUACAUAUAAAACAAAAAGCUGUUCACUGGCAUAUCUCUGAGAUCAUUGGUAGGGUUGUAUCUCAAUACUAGUAGUGAAUCUCCUACUUCUAGAGUGUGUAGAGAAAAUGCACGGAGCCAUUGUAAUCUGUUUGUUUGGUGCAGGAUCGUGCUGAUUGACGACUACAACAUGGACCCGGAAAUCUUUGUGUUCCUGCUGUCGACGCGGGCGGGCGGCCUAGGCAUCAACCUGACCUCGGCCAACGUGGUCAUCAUGCACGACAUCGAUUGCAACCCCUAUAACGACAAGCAGGCAGAGGACCGCUGCCACAGAUUGGGCCAGACUAGGUGAGACCGACAGGGGAGGGGCCAGACCAGGUAAGACAGAGAGGAAGGGGGCCAGACCAGGUGAGACCGACUGGAGGGUGGGGGCUAGGCUAUAUUUGGGCGUCAGAUAUCUGUAGCUAGAGAUGUCUUGCUUACAGAAGUCUCUAGAAGUAGUGACAAGAGUUGCAAUGUGAUCAGGAAAACCCCUCUGGCCCUAGAGAAGGUACUGUAUGAGGACAAAAUGGGGGGAUCUAGUCAUCGUGAGGGAAUGGACACUGCUCUCUGAAUGACUGAAGGUCAUUUCCUUCUGCAGGACCGUCCAGGUGAUCAAGCUGAUACAUAAAGACACCAUAGAGGGUGGCAUGCUGCAGCUGGGCCAGAAGAAGCUUAAACUGGAGCAGGACAUGACCGCUGCCGAGGAGGGUAAGGACCUGGGGGACACACACAGACAUUUCAACAUCUUUAAUUGUAAGAAAGAGGUGCUCAACCCAAAGCUCAGUGUCCAUGGCCCCUCUCUUUUUCAUGUAAUGCAUCAGUAACACACAUUGAGAACAGGAGUCAUCACAUGAUCGUAUGUUUUUUUUUUUUUCUCGUGCCCAGGUGAUGAGGGCACCAUGCCUGAGGACAUGGCCGCCCUCCUCAAGGCAUCGCUGGGCCUGUGAGGGUCUGGGAGCGCCCUCCCUGGAGUUUCAUUGGGACUCAGCCUGGAGCGUCCCACCACUGACUGACUGACUGACUGACU